UUUCAUGCCAUGCAGGUGAAUUUUGGGAAACUGCAACUAGCACUCUAUCGUGUCACUCAAUAUGAUGAAGAGGAUGAAGUAAAGGAAAAGGAGGUGAAGGACAGCCCCAAUAACUGGAUAUCGAAGAAGGUUUGCUGCUGCCCCCUGUGGUUUUUCCUACUGUCCAUCAUUGUUGUCCCGAUAGUUCUCGUAGUGGUCUUUUUUGUUUGGGUUUUUCCUAAUGCUGAAACAACACCAGAGGAGCAGGGAACAGAAGCACAUAGUGAGAUGAAUAUCCUGGAGGGCUUUGCUAUUGCAACCUUAGGAGUCCCAGCAGUAACAGGACUCAGGUUUGCCUUUCAGAUGAUCAAGAACCUCAUUUUCAGUCAAAAACAUAACAUUAAGAAAGAAAUGGACAACGAACGGAUCAGCAACCAAUUGGGAUUCAUGAAUGAAGUCAGGAAAGAAAUGUGGUUUCUGACUCAAUUCAUCAAGUUCAUGGAGGUGUUUGAAAAGAGGAGGAUUCGUAUUGUGUUGAAAAUUACUAAUCUGGACCGUUGCUCCCCCAAGAAAAUUGUUGGAGUCCUGGAGGCCAUCGAUAUGUUACUCUCAGAUGAGGAAAGCUCAAUUAUUUCCAUUCUGGCUGUAAAUCCAACUGUUCUGUUAGAAAAAGUGAAAUUUGCAGAAAGCUCCAUCUGUAAAGAGGACAGAGCUCACGGACUGCUGAACCGCAUAGUCACUCUGGCCUUCACAGUCCCAACAAUGUGUGAAAAUUCAAAGCACAAGUUGUUUCACAGUCUUAACAACACUCCAGGCAUCUCUGAAGAUUCAUCUUUAAGAUGGAACAGACACAGGAGAAAUACAUCUUCAAUAGAUCUGUCUGUGGUGGCAAUUGAGGAAUCAAAAGAGUCAAAUCCUCUGAUCAACACAAAUAGAGAUACUUUAGAUGUGAAGGAGGAUGAAUUGGAGAAAACGGUUCUGACAAUCCUUAGCAACGGUGAAAAAAAGCUGAACAAGUACAUGUUAGAUGAUGCCAUCUCAAUGAAGAGGAUGAUCAGCUCUGUCUGGGUAACGGUCAUAGUCAUG